CGUGUCUACAAUUUAAACACUAAACCCCAUUUCUCUUCGUUUUCCCUCCUCAAGAAGACAAAACCAAAGAUGGAUAACUCAUCAACCCGAUGCAUCUUCUUUGUGCUCAUUAUAUUCACCUUCGUUUCGCUUUCUACUGCUGCUUCAAGUCAUGGAGAAGUUGAGGACGAACACGAGUUUAACUACAAGAAGAACGAUGAUAAGGGGCCAGAGAGAUGGGGGGAAAUUAAACCGGAAUGGGAGAUGUGUGGAAAAGGAGAGAUACAAUCUCCCAUUGAUCUGAUGAACGAGAGGGUUAAGAUUGUUUCUCAUCUUGGAAGGCUUAAUAGAGACUAUGAACCUGCCAAUGCCACUCUCAAGAACAGAGGCCAUGACAUUAUGCUAAAAUUUGAACAUGGAGCAGGAAGUAUUACUAUCAAUGGUUUUCAAUAUGAACUCCAACAGCUUCACUGGCACUCUCCCUCUGAGCAUACAGUCAAUGGAAGAAGUUUUGCACUUGAGCUGCAUAUGGUUCACGAAGGCAAGAAGGGUAGAAUGGCUGUUGUGACCGUCUUGUACAAGAUUGGAAGAGCUGAUACUUUUAUUAGAUCGUUGGAGAAGGAACUGGAGGCCAUUACUGAUUUGGAGGAUGCAGAGCUAAACGUAAGGAUGAUUGAUCCCAAACAAAUAAAGAUCGGAAGCAGAAAAUAUUACAGAUACAUUGGUUCACUUACCACUCCUCCUUGUACCCAAAACGUUACUUGGAGCGUGGUUAGAAAGGUCAGGACAGUGACGAGAGAACAAGUGAGACUUCUCCGUGUGGCUGUACACGAUGACUCGCUGACGAAUGCGAGACCGGUUCAACCAAUCAACAAGCGCGUGGUUCACUUAUACAGACCAAGAGUUUAGUUGAUGAAGAAGACACAUUACAAGUUCUUACCAAUCUUUAAUUCUUCAUAUAUACACAAAAAUAAUGGUGCACUAGUUACUAUACUGUUUUAAUGUGUAUUUGUUUCUCGUCUACGAAAAAUAAUGAUACUAUCAAUGUUGCUUUUAUGAUACCGACUACCUUCUUUGUUUUUUUGAACAACGUGAUAACGACUACCUAAUUGUAUCGUUACGAAUAGGACUGGGCAUCAUUAGUUCAUUACUC